AUGUCUAAGAAAAGGGGACUUAGUGCUGAAGAGAAGAGGACUAAGAUGUUGGAGAUAUUUCAUAAUAGCAAGGAUUUCUUUCAGUUGAAGGAGUUGGAAAAAAUAGCACCGAAAGAGAAAGGUAUCACCAUGCAGUCAGUAAAAGAGGUGGUGCAGAGUUUGGUUGAUGACCAUUUGGUGGACUCAGAGAAGAUAGGAACUUCCAUUUACUUUUGGUCUUUCCCGAGCAAAGUCAAAAAUGCCAAGAAAAGAAAACUCAAUGAGAUGCAGAAUGAACAUGCAGAAUGUACAAAAAAACUGAAAAAGACUGAAGAGGCCAUAGCAAGUGAAUCUAUUGGUCGUGAAGCAACUGAAGAAAGAACAGACAUAUUGAAAUCUUUAGAAGAGAUAAAAAAACAAGAAGAGGCUUUAAAGAAACAAUUGCAGAAGUAUAGAGACUCAGAUCCUGAGUACAUAGCUCAAUUAAAGACUGAAAUUGAGGUUAGAGAUACAUACAUGAUGAGGUAAAAUUUGCUAAAAAGUCGGAUGUUCAGUAACUAAGUGCAUUUUUAUGUUCAGGAUUUAAAGACUGCGGCCAACCGAUGGACAGAGAACAUUUACAUUCUGAAAUCCUACAUGAAGAAUACAUUUCAGUGUGAAAACGAAGUCAUCGAUCAGAUGUUCAACAUUCCUCAGGAUUUGGAUUACAUCGAAUAGUUAUUUGUUAAUGUUAUGUUACCUAAAUAUUUGCUUUGCCAAUCAAUCUCGAGUAAGGUUAUGAUUAUAAAAAGAAUACCAACC